GUCUUACAAACCGCUAGCUCGCUUGACUGCCUGCCGAGUGAGUUCGCGGCGAUAAUAAAUCGGCGUUUGCUGUAGACCUGCUGUAGAUCUGCCCCUGCAUCGCUGCGAACGGAUACUGCACUUGCACAAUCGCUGCGGCCGCGCACGGACCUGCACCGACCUGCAACACGCACAGCGUCGCCGCGGCGUCGUAAGCGCGCCGCUGCUUACACGCAGCCCAUAGCUACACUUGGUUGACGCACUCCACCGCAGCUCGCACCACUCCCGCGUCCCGUCUCGACACGUCGCGCGCGCCCGCUGACGACACCCACGAAUUGCUAGAUAGUACCUGACGCUGUCGCGCGUGAUCACACUCACACAUACAUCGAACGACGGAGGGCUCUCAGUCAGUCACACACAACGUCCACACUCAAAACCACAAAGACGACUGACGCGCGCAGGGUAUGGCCGACAAGCGGCUCGUCGUCGACUCCAUCGGCGGCAAUUUGUUCUGCGGCCACUGCGGGAGCUUUCUGGAAAUACCGGCCCGGGAGCCCCUGCAGUGUUCGAACUGCGGGGCCUCGUGUUUAUUGAAUGAGUCGAGCGCCUCCGACCCUCUAGAAACGCGGACAAAAGCAAGGGCAGCCCCCGCCUGGGCGUCCGGGAGGACGGAACAGACGAUAAAACGAAAGUCGACGCGCGCGACCGUGGAACAAGAAUGCCCCAAUUGCGGCCACGGCAUCUUGGAAUUCUACACGAUGCAGAUGAGGAGUGUGGACGAGGGCCAGACCGUGUUUUAUGAGUGCCUCGAGUGCGGCCACCGGUUCAGCCAGAAUAACUAGUUUAGUUCACUCACAAUGUUAGCGGGUCGCGGCGAAGGCGUGCUGGUCCACGCCACGCCGUCGACGCGACGCGUCCC